AUGUCUCGACCUGGUACUACACUCUAUGUCACCGGCUUCGGGCACGGGACCCGAGCUCGCGACCUUGCCUACGAAUUCGAACGAUAUGGACGUCUUGUCCGCUGUGACAUCCCAGCGCCGCGUACCCCUUCCAGCAGACUGUUUGCCUUUGUGGAGUACGAGAGCCGCCGCGACGCAGAUGAUGCAUACCAUGAAAUGCAUAAUAAGCGGAUUGGCCGCGAUGAUCUGUUGAAAAUUGAGUGGGCGCGUACUCCUCCAUCUGCUUCUUGGCGUUUUGACUCUGGCCGGGACCGGCGACGUGACCGUACUCCGCCACGACGUGGCCGCUCUCCUUCUCCUAGACGUGGUCGUGGCGACUAUUCUCCCCGAAGGGAUGACAGGUACGAACGGGAUUAUGACCGACAUGACCGCGACUAUGACCGCCGCGAUCGCGACUAUGAUCGCCGUGACCGGGAUUAUGAUCGCCGCGACCGGGACCGUGAACGUUCCCGUGACCGCUCUCGAAGCCCUGAUGAGAGGGACCGCGAUAUCAAGGAUGAAAGGGAGCGCCGUGAUGACGAUCGUGAACGACGCGAGGACGAGCGGGAGAAUAUCCCCAAUGGUGAAGACAGGAAAGUCCCCUUAGAACCCUUGACUUCCGCUCAUGAUGAGCUUGAUACAGCCGAGUAGGUUAUUUUGGCUUCAUGAACUAUCAGAUCUCGUACCAUACACCUGGCCAAAGACCUCAAUCUGUGCUGGAUUGUUUUCAAGGCCCGAGGGGUAUAACCUGAAGCUUAAGAUGUCAUCAGUGCACGUUGGUGAUCGACCUGGAUGUUUAAUUCGCUCUAUCGCUGUUCAAUACUGGCGCUAUUUUCCUGACCCCUCCCCCAAGCUGCCGUUCCCCUCUUCCACCCCCCAUGCUCGUGGGUUCUUCUCUUCAUUCCAUUGCUCUCUUGUCUUGCUUUCCACAUUUUUCCUUGCAUUAAUUCUUCCUAUGUGCUUUCCUUUGCCAUUUAAUCCUUCUAAAUUGCAGUGUUCAUUAGCAAAGAGAGAACGCGAAGGGGCCAACUCCUGGAAGUGCUGGCGCAAAGAUACGAGGCAUUGGGGCUUUGGUACUAUUGCUUAACAUUGGUAUUUAUCAUGGUCAGCAGCUCGAAUCAU